AAAACUUCUACUCACUAUCCAAAUCCAAAACCCUGAAAAUCUAGCUACAGAAUUUUUUAUUUAUCUAUCUAAUCUAAGAAAAAUGAGUCAAGAACAACCAAGGCGUCCACAAGCUGGUCAAGACCCCAUCAAAUACGGCGACGUUUUACCUGUCUCCGGCGACCUUUCUCAGAAGCCCAUUACACCGGAAGAUGCCGCCAUGAUGCAGAGUGCAGAGAGCCGUGUGUUGGGUCAGACACAACCUGGCGGAGUAGCCUCUGUCAUGCAAUCCGCCGCUACACGAAAUGAGCAGGCUGGAAUCGUCGGUCAUAAAGACGUCACAGAUGUCACCGGUGACCGUGGCGUGACCGUCACGGAAACUCAAGUCCCUGGAAGACGCAUCAUAACCGAAACAGUCGGUGGACAGGUUGUGGGACAAUUUGUUGAACCGACUCCAGUUCAAGUUGGUCUAACCGGUGCGGUUCGAGAGAGUGCAUUAACCAUCGGAGAGGCACUAGAGGCGACGGCCCACACGGUGGGCGACAAGCCGGUGGAACAGAGUGACGCCUCUGCGAUACAAGCGGCGGAGGUGAGAGCUACGGGGAGUAAUGUUAUAACACCGGGAGGUUUGGCUUCAAUGGCUCAAUCUGCAGCAGCUUUCAAUGCUGAGUGUCAACGUGAGGAGGAGAAGAUUAAGAUGGGAGAUGUUCUGACCGGAGCAACAGCGAAGCUGCCAGCUGAUAAGGCGGCGACAAGGCAAGAUGCUGCUGGGGUGGCUAGUGCUGAGAUGAGGAAUAAUCCUGAUGCUACUGCUACUCCUGGUGGUGUAGCUGCUUCUGUUGCUGCGGCUGCUAGGCUCAAUGAAAACGUGGGCAAUGUAAUGUAAUCAAUGUAAAUGUAAUGUAAUGUGGUGAAUGAUGUUCUUGUGUUUUGUGUUGUAAGGUGAUGGUGUAUAUUAUAGGUUGUUUCUUUUUUCUUUGUUUUUUGUGUCUUGGCAUAUGUUUUUCCUCUCGUUUGGUUAUUUUGAAUGUAUGUUGUGCUCUUGAUUGAAAAUGGUUUUCACUUGUCAAUUAUAUCUAUAUUUUUUUAUGUUAAAAUAAAGGAAAAAGAUAGGUAGACAUCCUUUUUCAUACA